AUGAAAAUUAUUUUUUUAAUAAUAUUUAUUUAUUUAUUAAUAAAUUUUAAUUUAAUAUGGUGCCAAAUUGAAAAAAAUAAUUUAAAAGUUUUUAAUCAAAUUAAAAUUAAUAAUGAUAUUUUCCAAAAACAAAAAGAAAUAACAUUUGGAGAAUAUCAAAAUUAUGAUUUUAAUUUUUUAAUUAAACAUUUAACAACUAAAACACCAUAUUAUAAAUCAAAUCAUUUUAUAAAAAAAGAUGAAAAUAAUAAUAAUAAUUUUAAACAACAACAACAACAAUGUAAAUUAAUUUCAAUUGAUUUUAUUGGUCGUCAUGGUUCAAGAAUGCCAGAAGCAUCUGUUAUUAAAAAAAUGAAAAAAUUACAAAAUGAAAUUUUAAAAAUUAAUAAAUACAUUGAAAAUGAUGGAGAAUUUGGUUGGUUAAAAAAUUACACUGUUCCUUAUAAAAUUGAAAUCGCAGGAAAUUUAUUAACUCAAGGCCAAUUGGAACAUUACCAUCUCUCAAAAAGAUUUUUAAAAAGAUUUCCAAAUUAUUUUGGAAAUUAUAAACCACAAACUACAAAGAUUUCAUCAACUAUUAUUUCUCGUACUGGAGUUAGUGCUUCAUCUUUCGCCUAUGGAUUAUUUGAAGGAACUGGAGUUUUGGGUGAUAAUUUUCAACCGGUUCAUAUUGAAACUUCAACACUUGAUAAAGAUAUUUUACUAAGUUUCUUUUUAAAUUGUGAUAAAUAUAACAAUGCUUUACGAGAUCAAUCAAUUAAUGACAAUGAAAGAGAAAUUUGGAAACAAAUGAAAUAUCCAUCAAUUGGAAUUGAAAUUAAAAAAAGAUUAGGUAUACCAAAUUCAAAUCUCAAUGAUUGGGAACUUUCAAAUUCAAUAAUUAAUACAAUAUUUUUAUCAUGUGUUUAUGAUGUUGCCAUUGGAAAUAUUACAAAUCAUUGGUGUAGUCUAUUAAAUAAACAAAAUAUUUUGGAUUUAGAAUAUUCAAAAGAUUUGGAUGAUUAUUGGUUAAGUAGUUAUGGUAAUAAAAUUAAUUAUGAAAUUUCUUCACCAUUAUUAAAAGAUAUUUUUAAUCAUUUUGAUUCAAUAAUUAAUUUAAAUAAUAAUAGUAAUAAUAAUAGUAAUAGUGAUAAUGAUAAUAAAGAUGAAGAAAAUAAUGAUGAAUUUUCAAUUGAUAAUAAUAAAUAUCCAAAAAAUAUAUUAAGAUUUGCUCAUUCAGAAACUGUAAUACCAUUAAUGUCUUUAUUGGGUUUAUUUAAAGAUGAAUACCAUUUAUUUGCAAAUUUAACUUCAAAUCAAAUUAUUAAUAGAAAUUUUAAAACAAGUGUUAUAGUUCCUUACUCUACAAAUUUAGUAAUGUUUUUAUAUGAUUGUGGUGGAGAAAAUGAUUUUAAAAUUUUGGUUGAACACAAUGAAUCACCAAUUUUAAUACCAGGCUGUAAUGAUAUCUUUUGUAAUUAUCAACUUUUUAAAUCUCUCUUUUCAAAUGUUAUUAAUUUUAAUUGGGAUAAUUAUUGUUCUUAA